CAGGUAAUUGAAUACGAUUCGGUCGCUAAUAUAAUCAACAGGAACGAACUGAGGAAACAUCACUAUGUAAUUUACUUUAUUCAAAUGAUGACCUAAAAUGGUGUGCACGCGAAAAUCAAUCGGGUCUUUAAUACUUUUCGCUGUCGCCCAAAUUGCUAUCGGAAAUGGGAUUGGACCAUGUCCUAAAAUUAAAUAUUUGGAUAAUUUUAAUAUAUCUAGGAUUACUGGACAUUGGAAUGAGAUUGAAAGAUCAUUUUAUUUAAUGGAAUUGAUUUCCAGCUGUGUUACCAUGGACAUAUACGAAAAAGCCAAAGGAAGUUUAAACGUUUCAAUCACAACAAAAAGCCGAUGGUCUGGCACAUUGUCUAUUAGUGAUGGUACUGCCACUUCAUCAAAAAGAGAUCCCUCUAUCCUAAAUUAUAGGGUCACAAGCCAACUUCCAAAGGCCAUAAGUAGAUUUUUACCAGGUGCGGGAACUUAUCAAGUCAUAAAAACUGAUUAUGACAAUUAUAUGGUUUUAUAUUCGUGUACAACACUUGCCAUAGCUCACUACCCUAUUGUGCACGUCGAUUUAGCGUGGAUAUUAGGCAGACAUAAAGAAAUUAGUGCGGAGGUUCGUGCCGAUAUAUAUCAAUUUUUAAGUUCCUAUUACAUUGACUCUGAGAGACUGAUACUGGCUCAAAAUAAAGAUUGUUAAUUUGUGAUUAAUAAGAUGUUUACCAAACUAAA